AUGAUAAGUGGUCAGUUCAGCCUGGACAUUACCACGAUCUUUGGUGAUCAGGGCUGUGGUCGGCCUAUGAAACGUCGAGCAGGUCGUUCCAUUGCCGAAGCCACUUCAGCAGUAGCUGCAGGACCAACUCGUGGUCUUAUAUCCUUAGGGUCUAGGCUUGCUCAGAUCUUCCAAAAGAGUUGCUUCAUCCACUACUGGGCGACGCGAGCGUCCCGAUGA